AUGUCUCUGAAAACGCCAAACACGAUAGAGGCUAUACCGAAACAAUGGAGCAUUUCCCCCGAUUACUGCCUCAGGUUCGUCAAAAAACGCCACGGUCGAUACCGCUUCGACCCUGAGAAUCAGUCUCGACUCAGAAACAGUCUCCUUGCCGCAGUGGGGUUUUUCGAGCUGGCCAAUGCGGGCGACUUUGCUGCGAAUGUGUGGAAUCAAGUUCCCGCGCCCAAGUAUGCCAUUGCCCUGAUGGCUGUGGGCGGUACCAUGGCGCUCUUCAUGACCUACUUUGCCUACCGCGAUGCGCGACUGAGUUGGUUCAAUCUGAAGGGUCUCCGGACCGAACGUCGCCAUCUGCUGCGAACCCUGGAGGAAGUAGAAGCUGGGAACGAGCAACAACAGACAACCGGCACAUUCCAUGUGGUCAACGCUCUACUAGACGUCAAUCGCAGAGAAAUGGGUACCGAGAUCAUCGACCGCAUUGGGAUGGAUAGUUUGAUGGGCUUUGGCGCUCUGAUGGUCGGAGUGGGCGCCCUCUUGGCCAUUGACGGUGCUGAUCACCAUGCGUGGCAGGCUAGCAAUCUUCUUUCCGGGUACAUUGGCAAUGCGCCGAUGGCGAUUUACGGACUGGUGAAUCUGUUGUGGUCGAUUUAUGUCUGGCUGCGAGCCCGGCGGCAUGGCAUCGCUUACGCGGUAAAGCAAUCGUCACAGGACGAUGGCAUAGACGCUACCGUGGGAGUGCUGCUGACAAGACGCAUCCACAGCGUCCAGCUUCAUGCUACGCUGAAUGGAGUCACGGGUGUCGUCGCCGGCGCUGCCUCGCUGGUCACUGCAACCAUGUGGUGGGGGUAUGUGGUGUUGAUCCCGUGCAUUACCAUCUCCGUGAUUGUCAACUAUCUCUGGCGACACCGGCUGGGCUACGAUCGCCCGUUGUUUAUUGAGCAAUUGCCGAUUAUCGACGAGGCGUCGCUGAUCGAGGAACUGAAACAUAUCAACGCCAUUCAGCAGGUGCUGCUCUCUUCGAAGAAAUCAAAAUCAAAAUCAACAUCAACAUCAACAUCAACAUCAACAUCAUUAUCAUCGUCGCUGGCGGCCUUUUCGGGUGCGGUCUCAGACCCGCAGUCCUUUUCCAGCACCCUUGACUUCAUGGCUCGACACGAGCUUCUCGAGGAUUUCUGUCUUCGUGUUCUCAACGACAAGGAACUCUCUGCGAGGGUUUUUGAUCAUACUACCGAUCCAAACGUGACCGUGUAUCCAUGUACACUUGCCAGUGUUGACGACGAGUCUGUCACCCGCCGUCUUCACGAGGUCGCGUGUCUAUGCAUUGAUGAGCUGGGACUCAUGCACUUGAAAUAUAGAGAGAGAUAUCUCCUGGAGACUUUGGGCUGUUACAUGACGGGUUCAGCUGGUAGCUCAAAGUUUGAGAAUGCGGUGUAA